AUGGUUACGCCUACUGCCACGGCAACACAUACAACUCCAGGAGCUAGUGUACCGACUACGAUUGAGAAUGUUGGUGCUUCUGGUGAUGGGUUUACCCCAUUUUCUGUUGAGCCUUCGCAUCCUUACUAUUUUAAUCCAUCCGAUAGACCAGGUACUAUUCUAGUUACCUCUAAGUUUAAUGGUACUGGAUAUGGUGGUUGGAAGAGGAUUAUGUUGAUAGGUCUUUUAUGCAAGAAUAAAUUAGGGCAUGUUAAUGGAACCCUAAGUAGACCAGAAGAGAAUUCUCCUUACUAUGAACCUUGGUGUAGAGCAAAUGAUAUGGUACUUGCUUGGAUAUUGAAUGGAUUAGAACUUGAGAUUAGAGAGAGUGUAAUGUACACAGAAAUUGCAGAGAAGUUGUGGAAAGAUAUUGAAAGAAGAUAUGGACAAGCAAGUGGAACUAAGGUUCAUCAAAUAAGAAAAGAGAUUUCCUCUAUUUCACAGGGAUCUUCAAACAUUGCUUUGUACUUCUCUAAAAUGAAGAAAUUAUGGGGUGAACUUGCAUACUCAAUUACUUACCCUGAUUUGUCAUGUGGUUGUAAGGAAGCUUUUCAGAAAAUGGAAGAAGAACAAAGACUACAUCAGUUUUUAGUGGGUUUAAAUGAAGUCUAUUAA